AUGGUUCUCACUGUGCACUUCACUGGGCUGUAAGGCCUUGGAGAGCAGGACCGCUGUUCUCAGAAGGACCCAACCAGGUUUGCGUGCGCAGACAUCGCUAUGGCAUGGAACGUGUACUGAGGCAGCCAGAAGCCUGGAGACCUUGUUCCUGGAGACUGGAGCCUUCCCGGAGCCACUGGGACAAGCUGGCACUGAUGGGAGUUGGCAGAGAGCAAAGCUACAGUUCCACCUGCCCUGGGAUUUGGGGGGGGGGGGGGCAGGGCUUUGCACGUGGCUCCAGGCCCGCCCCCAGCCCCAGUGAGGACCAAGAGAGGUGAUGCCAGGGUAAUGGCCCUGCCCAGCUAACUUUGCCACUCUCCCAGCUGCUCCCCCACUCCCUGGUCCUGUCUUUCCAGGUGUGCUGGAUGCGCUGGGUCCCUCCUUCCAGGCUCUUCUUCACAAACAGGCCCCCGUGAGCCCUCUGAGGGUCAUUGUGCCAGGAUGGGUCCCCAGCGGUGGGCCCAGCAGGUUGCAGUUCACAGAGCGCUUGUCUACCAUCUCACCUCACCUGGCUGCUAUCGGGAGGGAGGUGGGACAGGCCCCGUGGUUCCCGUCUGCCCCCAAGUCUUCCCCGCAGAGGAAGUGCCUGGGGUACCAUGCCAGAGCCCCCCUGCCCCCCAUGGCCUAUGAGUGUCCCCGACAUCCUCUCCCCACCCCUCCCCAGGUCCAGAGGGCCUGUGGGAAACAGAAUCCUGCCUGCACGCUGUGUGGGAGGAAGGGGAAGGGGCUGGGGGUCCUCAGACCCCCAGGGUAGAGCGUGUCUAGCUCGGGCCCUGCUGGGGGAUGCUAGGGGGAUAUGCCUUCUUGAUGGGGUGCUCUCUACCUUUGAUCUUGCAGUGACCAUGGGACCACGCCAAGGGACUUGGCCUCAUCCAUACGACUUCCUCAGAGCCAUCAGAUCUGGAGCCUGAGUGGUCAGCCCCUCCCCUUCCCUUGUGCUGCCCCCCAUGUGUGUUUGCUGCUCCCACUUCCCAUCUGGGCCACCAGUGAUCAGCUGGGCGAUAGGACAGUAAUUGCGCAGUGGGGACAGUUGUAAAGAGAUAACGACCGUGGCCACGCCUGGCGGUCUGGACAGUUCCACUCGCAUGAUCUCAUGAGCUCUUUGCGUGUCUUGUAAGAGGUUCAGAGCAGCAGACAGCUCGCCCAAGCUCACCCAGCCACUAUGUGGCCAGAACAGACGUCAGCCCAAGACAGACGCCAGCCCAGGCCUUACCAACCUCUAAGCCCACACUCCUGCACACCCCAUCCCACCUCUCCUAUUAUCUGGUCUGUGCAGGGAAGGCUGGGGCCUGCAGAGCUUGUCCUCUCCCCCUGGGGCCCCAGCAGUCAUGGGAUUGAUCCCAGUCUUGUUCAACCCAUAGGUGUGAGGGAAGGUGCAUUAACACCACUCACAAGCGAGGCUUGUGCCUGGCAUGUUACCGGUCUCCUCGAACCCCAACACAGCCCUCUAUGGCAGCCUUAUUGCUGUUUCUGCUUUACAGAAGAAGAAACUGAGGGUCAGAGAGGUCUCCAGGUACUGAGAAGAGGGUCUGAGUUAGGUGUGUCUGACUCCAAAGCCUGUGCUCGUCACCUUUUCCCAGGGGUCUGCUUGGGUGUGGAAGCCUCUGUGGCUGCUGGACCCCAACUUCACAGCCCCUAGCAGUGUCCCUGGGUGGGCUGAGCAGCCCCCUCUGUACAUGGUCACAGGGUGGGGUGAGAUAGGAGCGCAGCCCAGUUCCCCACACUAGCCUUUCACAACCCAACUGAUGGUGGCGUGGAGCAGGAAGGCCGAGAAAGAGGCCACAGGAAGCAUGACACUGAGCAGUGGGGGGGGUGUAGGGGGGUGAGGGAGGUGGGGACAGGCCACACCACAGAGCCUGGGACCUGAGGGACGCUCAGACACAGGGCUCUGGCCAGCGUGGGCAAGCCCGCCCAAGGAUGACGACGCCCAGGGCCCUGGGGGUCUUGCUUCUCUCGCUCCUCCUGCUCUGGGCCUCAGGUGAGCAGCUGGUUCCUUGUCCCCCAGGAGACCCAGGGACAGGGAAGUGGGGAUGGGUGGGGCUGUCUAGAGCGUGUCUGUCCAAGGAGCCCACCCCGAUGACCUCAGCACCUUCUCUGACCCUAUCCUCUGAGUGAGUUGUCAUCCUGAUAAACUUGGGUCAGCUCUGGGUCUCAGGUGUCUUGUGCUCCCCACAGAGCUCCCCAUACCCCUCCCCCCAGUCUGGGCUGUGUUUCCCUCACAGGUGGGCCCCAGACACACUCUUACCCAGCUGGCCUCCGAGCUUCUGGGGAAGGGGGUCAGGAGUCUCUGGAGACUGAGGCCAGUAGGGGCUUAUAUGUUCCUCCCCCUACCCCCUUGUCUGGCUCCUUCCACCCUGACACCCCACCGGCUCCCCUCUCCUGGUCCCAGGAGUGGCCCCCCCAGUCCCCAGUUUCCGGAGCUGGGAACAAGCCUCCCCUCCCCCACCCUCCCUGUUGGCCUUGUGCACACACAUGCGGGGUUCUCCAAGGUACUUUGAGGACCCCAGGCCUUGCCUUUGGCAGUUCUCUCUCCUGGGAAAGCCGAGGCCACUCCGGCCCAGCUGGCCAGCUCUUACCUACCCUCCUUGAGGCCCUGUGAUGUCGGCAGUGACCCCCUCAGGCAGAGGGAGUGCUCCCAUCGCAGUGCCCCCAGUGCUCCUCCUGUUUUGUUCCUGAUUUUUUGAAUGUCCUGCAUGCCUGCCCAGCAGGGGGGCCAUGUGGCUUUGGGUGCAUGGAUCAACCUCUUUGGGCUUCGAAGAAUCUUUUCUUCGGUGAAGGGCAAAGUUCAGUCCUUGGCUCAAAAGGGGGGCAAAAUGGCGGAGUUGUCCUCCUGGCAGAGCAAGCCAUCAGAACCCACAGAUUCAGUCACUCAAUAACCAGUCGUGGCUAUCAUCCAGUCUUCUGGGGCACAUGGGGACACUGGGCCCUUCACGGAAGGCCCUUCACAUAACCACACUGGUUGGGACUUGAAGGGUCCCCCAAGGAACUGAGGUGACCUAUGGUGAUGGGGGAGUUCCAGUCUGGGCAAAGUGUCAGCCGUUUGAACAGCUUGAGGAGCCUUGAGAGGCUUAUAAGUAGAGGUAUGAAAAGUUCUAACAAAAUAAGUGAGCAAUGGAGGAGGAAAACUGAGCAAUCAAGAAACGUCUGCCUGGGGCUCAUCAAUGAGGACCAGUAUGAAGACUUCCACCUGGAGAACACUGCUGACUGCUUCACAAAGUGCUCGGAGUCAGGGAAUGAACCCUGUGACCUGGAAAACUUGCAGAGGUACUGGCUGAAAUUCGAGUACCAUCUGCUGGAGAGUCCGAUGAGCAUAGUGAAUACGUCUUUUUUGAAGGCUGCUGUCCAGAAUGUCAGCACCCACAUCUCAGAAGACUUGUUCUUCUCCCUGACGCCUUCCCAGGUUCCAGGGCUGGUGACAGAGGAUGAGCAUGAACACCCCGACAGAGUCCGGCUGCCCAGGAGUCUCUUUGAAUCCCUGCAGGAGAACAGGUCGGAGGUCUUGCUGGCCAUCACUAUCCUGGACAUCGGUCCGGGGAAUCUGUUCAAGGGCCCCCAGCUCAGCCUGGAGGAUGGCAGCCGCGUGUUGAAUAAUCGCCUGGUGGGCCUGAGCUUGGGCCGUAUACCUGUCAGAAGGCUGGCUGAGCCUUUGGAGAUCACCUUCUCCCACCAGCACCUACCCCCUAACAUGGCCCUCAGCUGUGUGUUCUGGGAUGCUACUAAAGGAGACUGGUCUUCCACGGGCUGCUCCACGGAGCUCAGAGCCAAGAGGACCAUCUGUCGCUGUGACCAUCUGACCUUCUUCGCUUUGCUGCUGAAGCCGAUCUUGGACCAGGCCACCGUCCAGUUCCUCAUUCGCAUUUCCCAGGCUGGCUGUGGAGCCUCUAUGACCUUCCUGGCCUUUACCAUUGUCCUCUACGCUGCCCUAAGGUGCUACCGGCAGAGGUUCAAGUCAGAAGACGCCCCCAAGAUCCAUGUGGCCCUCAGUAUGAGCUUAUUUCUCCUGAAUCUCACCUUCUUCUUCAAUAUGGGGCACGGUCCUCAGCCGUCGGGUGCCACCUGCCAGGCCUGGGCGGCUGUCUUCCACUACUUCCUGCUCUGCACCUUCACCUGGAUGGGCCUGGAAGCCUUCCACCUCUACCUGCUCGUCAUCAAGGUCUUCAACACCUACUUUGGGCACUACUUCCUGAAGCUGAGCUUCAUGGGCUGGGGCCUGCCUGCCCUCAUCGUCUUUGGCACCGGGACUGCGGGCAGCUAUGGCCGCUACACCAUCCGCGACAAGAGGAACGCCACCACCCUGGAGCUGUGCUGGUUCCAGGAGAAUACGGCUGUCUCUGCCCUCUAUGUCACUGUCCACGGCUACUUCCUCAUCACCUCCCUCUUCAGCGCUGUGGUGCUGGGCCUGGUAGCCUGGAAGAUUUUCACUCUGCCGAGGGCCACAGCGGGCAAGGAGCAGGGACCGAACUGGAAGGGGGUCCUCACCGUGCUGGGGCUCUCAAGCCUGGUGGGUGCCACGUGGUGGCUGGCCAUCCUCAUGCCGCUGGGCUGGUCCACCAUCUAUAUCUUCGCACUCUUCAACUCCCUGCAAGGUGUCUUCAUCUUCUGCUGGUUCACCACACUCUACUUCCCCAGCCGGAGCGCCAUGGCCUUCUCCUCUAGCGUGCCCCGAGCUGACCAGGUCCACACCACGUUUCAUGAAUAGGAGGCCUCCGUGGGGUCAGGCUGGGAGCCGGCCCCACGUUCUGGACUCAGCUCUGACUUCCCAUGUGGCCUCAGGCUGCUCCCUGUCUCGAUCUGGGCUUCAGUUUCCGUGUUUUUACAGCGUGGCUGGGGAGGGAGGAGAUGGGGACCAGAGGGGACCACCUGGCCUCAAAGGUUCCGUCCAGAUACUUUGAUGGGUCCUAAAGUCCACGAAUCAAGGAUAGUAGGAAUCUAAGUUUCUGAUUCCCCGAAGACCCCUGCCAGCACAGAGAGGUGCCCCCUCAUCCCUACCCCCACCUGAAGACCCCUGCCAGUACCGCCCCCUCUUCCCACCCCCACCUCCUGCCUUCAUAGCCAAGCAGCUCAUCUCUGCCUUUGGCCACCUUCUGGUCUCCCCUUGAAGGAUCCCAGCCUCUCCCCUUCCUCCCCCUUCCAUUGCCCUCCCACACCCACACCCUAUGGCUGCCUGUCCCCACCCCCUCAGGCACUGGGGCAGUUGUGGACUAGAGCUUUGGGUCUAUCUUCAAGGAUGAGCUCCCGCCAUUCAGGGGGCUGCCAACCCUCCAGCUCUUCCGGGACACGGAAUUUCAGAGAAUGCCAUUUCUUCGGUAGUGGAUGUCAUACCACUAGCGGCUGCCCCCGGGUUCUGAUGGCUGCUUGUGUGGUCCGACCUCCAAUCCGCCCAUCCCUGUGGACUGGAGGGCGAAUGGUCCAGGGCUCUGCACAUGGGAGGGCCGAGGGCCAGGGCAGGGGAGCCGCAGGUGGAGCUAAGUGGAGAGAGAGAAGGCUUUUCUCCCAGAAUCCCACGCAGCAGGCAUGUUGGCCUCACUCCCCAGCUCAGCCCAGCCCGAGCCUGGCACGGUUCAAGCCCCAAAUAAAUAUCUGUUGGCUGAA